AUGGCCGGUCCAGGUGGUGGCCCUCCGCGGAAGAGCCAUACCAAGUCUAGAAACGGCUGCAAGACCUGCAAGAGGAGACACAUUCGAUGCGACGAAACAUUUCCGCAAUGUCGCAAUUGCACCAAGCACAACUGCCGCUGCGAUUACCAAGAUAUGGCCUCGGCGCAGGGCAGUCCCCCUACCUCACGGCGGGGCCCAGACCUGCUCAUGUCCCCGGAAAUUGAGAUGGAGAUUGAAAACUGGCACCGAACCGGCGUCCCUCCGUACCCCGAGCUCAUGCAGUGCCCGCAAUCCGGCUGGUCAAAUCUAUCCCGUUCAGAUUUGCGCUUGAUUCACCAUAUAAUCGGCCUCUCCAUCGACUUACAUCGCCGAGGGUUGAGUAGCUGUACCGUGUGGGCGCAGAAGAUGCCUAAUUUUCUCGCUAUUGCACUUUCAAACGACUUCGUGAUGAGCUCCAUCCUGGCCUUGUCAUCAUUCCACUUGGUCUUUCUCACGCGAGAUCAGGAGACGAAACAGUUAGCAUAUCACCACAAAGUUACCGCUCUUCGGGGUCUUCAAACGGCAAUCGGCUCGUUCUCAAAAGACAACUGCGAGGCUAUUUUGGCGGCAUCUAUCCUGCUGUCCUGGCAGGCGACUGAACGUCAAAGCUGGGCAUCUUUGCAACAGGGCAUCUCAAGCGUUCUUGAGUCGAUGCACCCUUAUUGGAAGCAAGAGUCUGAGCUGGCUCAGCUUGUCGAGAACCACCGGGCUUUGAGUGCUGCGGACUAUUCAUUGACUAACGAGGAUUAUGCUCAACUGGAUCGGACAGUCCGCGCUCUGCAGGCCGUGCAAAAAGGAGUCUCUCAUAAUUCAGAGCACUCCCAGCGCCUAGGAGAGUUGAUUGAAUUCGUCCAACAGUUCCGCCAAGACUUCCCCAACCAAACGUCCGAGCAAUCCUUUGAGCGCAUUCAGGUCUUGCGCCGCUGGCUCUUCUGGCUGCCAGCCUCGAUGCUCCGGGGUAGUGACUCUGAUCUCAGUGCCCUUGCCAUCCUAUCUCAGUUCUUUGCCGUCGGCGUCGCUCUCGACCGUUUCUAUCCCGAAAUGGGCGGCGCAUACUUGGGCGCCCUGUCCAUCGGACCCAUUGAGGAGAUGUAUCGCAUCCUCGCCGCAAACAACGCCGCUGACCCGUUCAACCACGAGGUACGUCAGGCGAUGACCUUGAUGGACUUGCCGCGCCACAUCGUUGCACGAUAUCGCAGCCGCCUAGCCUGGUCUCCCCGCUCCUCCAUCGAUCACUACUCCCCCGGCCCGCCGAGUCCGUACCACGCUCUGCCCGAGUAUCCUCUUGCAUCUUCCUCUUCGCCCGCGUCCGCCUCUCCCUCAUACGCCGCCUACACUCCUCCUCUUCAGUCUCCUCCCGCUGUCACUGUUGCCGGCUCUCCCUUCCCUCUCGACAGCUACAUUACUGCCGCGCCUUCACACACUCUCCACCCUCCAUCACCGCAUCUUCUUGAUACCCAUGUCCCACAGCUGGGCCUUUCCAAUAUGAGGCACGCCGAGUCCAUUACACACUCCUCGGCCUUCACAACUCCCUAUGGUAGCGAAUUUCCUUGUGCCGACAUGCCUCGUGCAGGCAGCACUCUAGGACUUAAUAUGGAUGUCUAUUCACAAACACACCCGUUUGAAAUGCCAGGAAUGGCAGCAUCCGAAACAUGCUGGACCUGA